AUGAAGAACUGAGUGUGUGCGGGGAUUCUGGCAGCAGGUUUUCAGCACAACACCGUCAUUUACCGGGACGAUCCUUCUCCACUUUACUGUCUGACCUUAUCGACUGCUCUGGUUUACCGGGACGAUCUUUUACUGUCUGACCUUAUCGACUGCUCUGGUUUACCGGGACGAUCUUUUACUGUCUGACCUUAUCGACUGCUCUGGUUUACCGGGACGAUCUUUUACUGUCUGACCUUAUCGACUGCUCUGGCCUUACGUCAGCAACCCGGAAGUGGCGUCGCACAGUGGUGAAGGUUUCAGUAAACAGUCGGUUAGCAACAAUACCGAAUCAUGAGCUGGUCUCUAACCGUGUAGAGAUUGAGUUAUAUUUAUUUCCCGCUGUAUGUGUCUGUUCUUUCUCUCGCCAUGAUUCCCGUGCCGCUCGUCGUGUGUGUUUUGGGCGGCUGGUGUUUCGUCUAUCUAACAGACGUGCUUCUGAAGUUGUCUGAGUCAUAUGGUCAUUGUUAUGAGAUGUGGCUAGGGUCAAAGGGUCUGUCUCUCUCUCCGUUCCACAUCCGCUGGCAGACCUCCCUCUUCAACCGCCUCUUCUCACGCUGCGCUCGCAUCAACCCCCACGCCCUCUACCUCUGGUUUACCAGUGGUCUAGUGUUUGGCCUGGUGUCUAUGUGCGUGUGCAGGUUUACCAGUGGUCUAGUGUUUGGCCUGGUGUCUAUGUGUGUGUGCAGGUUUACCAGUGGUCUAGUGUUUGGCCUGGUGUCUAUGUGUGUGUGCAGGUUUACCAGUGGUCUAGUGUUUGGCCUGGUGUCUAUGUGUGUGUGCAGGUUUACCAGUGGUCUAGUGUUUGGCCUGGUGUCUAUGUGUGUGUGCAGGUUUACCAGUGGUCUAGUGUUUGGGCUGGUGUCAAUGUGUGGUUCGGUGGUGCUGCUAAUUAGAACCCUGCAGCAGACUGUCCAUCAGAUGACAUCAGACCACCCUCAGGGAGCCAAUCAACAGACACUUCAGGUGGUGGUCCCAGGUAUAAACCUGCCAGUCAGUCAGCUGGCCUACUUCUUCUCUGCUCUGCUGGUCAGUGGGGUCAUACACGAACUGGGCCAUGCCGUGGCAGCAAUACGGGAGCAGGUACGUGUGAACGGUUUCGGUGUGUUUGUGUUCGUGGUUUAUCCCGGAGCUUUCGUAGAUCUCUUCACCACACAUCUCAACCUCAUCUCACCUGCCCAACAGCUACGCAUCUUCUGUGCAGGGGUGUGGCAUAACUUUGUGCUGUGUGUAGCAGCGUUGUGUUUCCUCUUCCUGUUGCCUGUCUUACUGUUUCCUGUUUACUACACUGGGGCUGGAGCCCUCGUCUCCGAGGUGGUGCAGGGCUCUCCUGCAGAUGGUCCUAGAGGUCUGUCAGUAGGUGACAUGGUGACGGGGCUGGAGGAUUGUGACGUCAGAACAGUAGAGGACUGGAACUCCUGUCUCACAACCCUCACACACACCCCUCAGACUGGAUACUGCGUCCCCACACACACCCUGCAACCCAGCUGGGCCCACGGUCGAGUUUACAGGAGGCUGGAUACUUCUAUAGAAUGCUGCAGUAACAACAGUCAGUCUGAUCUUUGCUUCUCCUACACCAAACUACAGGACAAGGAGGUGAGACGCACAAACAGACGCACAAGCAAGCAAACAAACACACACACACACAUAGGGCUGACCCCAUUUAGGUACAGUCCAAUAGGCACAGUCCAAUAGGUACAGUCCAAUAGGUACAGUCCAAUAGGUACAGUCCAAUAGGUACAGUCCAAUAGGUACAGUCCAAUAGGCACAGUCCAAUAGGCACAGUCCAAUAGGCACAGUCCAAUAGGUACAGUCCAAUAGGCACAGUCCAAUAGGUACAGUCCAAUAAGUACAGUCCAAUAGGUACAGUCCAAUAGGAACAGUCCAAUAGGAACAGUCCAAUAGGCACAGUAUGGUGGUAGGUGAAU